GAUAGAAAUGGCGGCGCUGGUGGCAGGUGUUCAGUAUGGAUUGUCAUCGUCGGGUAAUUUUGUGGAAAAUAAGGAAUUAAUUUUUGUGAAACUCACAGAUUCGGCAUUUAGAGCGAUAGAAGACUACCUGAAGAAUAAAAACAAGUCGACGCAGACGCCAACAAUACAGUUCCUAGGAAAUGAUGGGCACUUGUCAUUCCCAACGUGUCGAGGAGAUGCAGCUAGGUUCAAUUUCAGUUUAUCUUCCAACCAAGACAUCGAAGGUCCUCAGGGGAGUUUUGAAUGCAUCCAGCAGACCGGUCCCAGUCGCCUGGAGAGCCUGGGGGCGGUUCACUGCAAGAUGAGGAUAAUGGCUAAGGAUGAUGUGUAUGAGGCCACCAGGCAUAGAAUGGCUGCUGCAGAGCAACAGCACAAGCAGAUGUGUACGAGGGAGAUUGAAUUAGACAAUAUGUCUCGCAAGUACAGGCGGAACAACAACACCAAGCCGUCAGCGUGUGUGCCACCGCGCAACGGACUGUACACGCCGAGCACCGCACACACCAAGCCUCAGGGUAACAACCAUGCGCAGAAACCUGGCAAUCCGGAUAUCAUGAGGAGGCCCAUCAGGGAUCGACUAAUUCAUUUGCUAGCUGUUAGGCCUUACAAAAAACCAGAGUUAUACAGUGUAAUCACUAAAGAGGGCGUGAGAGAUAAGGACAAGUCUCUGCUGAUGAGCACACUGUCCAGUAUAGCCACUGUUAGAGACAACACUUACCAUCUGAUGCGGCACGUGUGGAACGACGUGCAGGAAGACUGGCCGUUCUUUACGGAACAAGACCGACAGAUGCUCAAGAGACGGAAGCCUCAGAACCUGACACCCCCGGGUAGCAGUGACGGUGGCAGCUCAGCCAGUAGUGGACAAUCCCCCUCCAGCAUUCACCCCGGCAGUCCCCCCUCCGCCAUCGAGGCUCCCCCCGCCCACAAGCGGCCCGGUUACUACAAUGGUGCCGACGGUCUGCCUACCAAACGCCAGCGAAUCGCUCACAACCGCAAAGCCGACGAGGUGUUUUCGCGGAGUGAGAGCCCGGUGUUCACCAAGUCGUCAGCUGUCAGUCGCUACUCAUUAUCACGACCUCCAUCCACCCCUCAGCAGCUGCCAGACUCUACCACCAGCCCAGAGAAGCACGCCACUCCUCCAGCGCCUCACCCUCAUCCUCACCCUCCCAGCACGCCGGUCUACAAGUUUCUUAUUGACUACACGCCCAUCACGUCCGUAGAACAGCGCCGCAGGUACAAGGAUGACUUUAACAGCAACUACAACGAGUAUAGGAGUCUUCAUGCCAUCGUGGCUAAAGUCUCUAGCAAAUUCGCUCAGCUCGAGCAGAGAUUACUGCAAGAGAAAAAGGAUAGUGAAGGCUAUAAGAAAAUUAAACAACAGAUCCUACAAGAAUACAAAGAAAGCAAAAAAGACAAAGACCACCUAAAUGCGAGGAACAGGUUCCAGUACUUGCACGAGAAGCUGUCUCACAUCAAGAGAUUGGUCCUGGAAUACGACCAGGCACAUUCGACGUAGCCGCCCACCACCCAUUCCACCCGCACCACACCAACAUCGGAUAUGAUUUUGAUUUGUUCACAACGUCGUGUGUAGGUUCGUCAAUUUCGUUAGCUCAGUUAAUUUUAUGUGUAAGUUAUCGGCGUCGGCGAUCGUCGCUGUUUCCCGCUAUUUUGAACAGUUACCACAGGACGUUCAGGAUGGAGCAUCUCUAACAUUUGUCCAACAGCUGCCUUACUUGCGUUGUCCGAUGUUCUAGUCCAGCUUAGUUUCUGUAUCCGGAUCUUCAAUGUAUAUAAGAUUUGUGUUAAAUAUGUAUUUAACUCGGUUUUCAAACCGUAGAAUGACGAUGCUGGUUAUCCGUUUGUAAGUGAUUGUUUUGCAUAUAAUUUGUAUUUAUUUUCUAUGUGAAAAAAUUAUGAAUUUUGAAUGUUAAAUUUUAGUAAAAUGCCUGUUUGAACAGGUUUUAAUGUUGUUUUACCAUCACAAAAAGAAUAACUGUUACAGGUUAGUUCUGAUAGUUAUGUUUUUGACCUGAAUUUCGUUGAAUGAAAAAAUGUACGCAUUAUAUUUUGAAUAUGUUAUAUUUGUUUGUUAGUAGACAAGUAAAUUAUUUGUUUGAAACAUUAUUUUAAAAAGUUUUACUGUAAUAGUAGAGGCAUUUAAACAACAAAUUUAAUUUCAUCCAGCAGUAGUAAUCGUGUACUGUUCCUUAUUAUUCAGACCUAUCAGAUAGGAAGCCUUUCAAGUGAUAUUUCAGUGCAGGGCUCUUGUGCCAUUAAUGUUGUUGGCUCGGUACGCUGUAUUUAAUUCUCUAAUUUUAAUUUAUAUACGUCAUAAUUUUUCUCCUGUAAAGGGUUUUGGUGUUUGUUUUUGGAAAUUUUAUCAAAGAGCAACAGAAGUACAACAGUUAGUAUUUAAAAUAUUUAAAUCACGUAAGCACUGGGAGUAAAGUGAUUUUUUCCAUCUUAUUAAAUACAUACAGUUAUCAAAAGCAAUUUUUGUUCUUAUAAUUUGUAAAAACUAUAUGCAUAUGUUAUAAAUCUUAUUCAGUAUCUAAAAUGGAGUUUUGAAUAUUGCAUUCAGGAAAAAAACAAUACUGAAAUUGAAAUGAACUGUGAAACAAAUGCCAGGUACGAUUACACAUCUACCAGAAAUACUUCAAUGGGGUAUUAGAAAAUUAUUUAUUGUGGCAUGUAAUAAAGUAAUUAAUGAAAGGAAAUGAAGAAAAACAUGAGGAUCACUUUAAAACAUACGUAUGACAAUCUUUUUAAAGGUUCGACCUGAGUUAAAGAACAAAUUAUUUUAGUGCACUGAUUAUAUCCGAACCAUUAGUCACUACAAUUCACGACUCUUUGCUUGAUGCAUGAAAUUUACUCUGUUAUUUUUUAUGGCUGGAAAAAAUCAUUUGAUCCGCUCAGUGUUGCUGUUUGAAUUGUUGAACAUAUGGGUCUUACUGUUGUGUACAGAAUUACUAAAUGUCCAAGUAAUAACUUUGUCUCGUCUUCCGCUAGAACCACAAACGGAGGCCGUGUGUUAGUUCCGGAUAUGUUUGGUUCCGACAAAUGCAUCUACGACUGACACUAUCGCAAUAAUGCGUGUCGGUAAAUUAGCGAACUUUGUUGUUGAUUCAUGAUACAACGACAAUUACUCUUCACGAUGAUCAUUCGCUCUGCCUUUACUAACAGUAUUUUGUGUUAAGCAAUAAUCAUCGGUGUUUAGUGUGUUUCUGUAAAAUUUUUUGCUGUUUCGAUAUAGAUUAUAAAAGUAACCUACUCCAUCACUCUUCCACCGUCCUUCUAACAUCCAGCCGUUCUCGAGUCCAUUUACAGUUUGUUUCCUCUGUGGUACGUGUGAAUGUCGAUUGUCCAUUUCAUAAAAGUUAUCAAACGCAUGAAACGUGCCAUAAAUAUUUAAAAAAUCCUUUUAAAAGUUUAGAAUACUAAUUGGUCUGAUUGAGUUUUGUCAUCUCGAAGCUUUAAAGUACACUUAUGGACGAGACAUUCCGCUAACCCAGGUGGGUAGGCCUAGGUACACACUGUACUUAAUCAAACAUUUUUUACUAUUUGUAUUUUCCAAGUUUUGGACAUUUUUAACUAGCUUUACUCUUUUGCUGUUCUAUAUAACAGUAAUAAUUCAUAAAUAUAUCUUUUUAAAAACAUAAAAACUAUGGAAAUAAUAUUUUUCAUUUUCCUUAAUGCAACUCAAGACCUAAAAACUAGUAGCAAUGCAUUCAAAUAUGGUAGCAUUGUUUAAACGAACUUAUAAACCAUGAACAUAUCCUCUCUGUAACUAAACUUCACAUCAAAGUUUUAUUUCUUGUAAUUUUUCCUGUUGUGUUUAUAGAAUACCCCUUGUUGUAUGAAUAAGUAAAUUUAACAAACAGCAGAACAUGUUAAAGCUUAGCUAAGAAUAUUCAAGACAUGGAUUACACAACUGCGAUUGGAUGUGGAGAGCAUUAAAGAGUAUUUUUUUACAAAUUUCCACAUUUCUGGUGCUUAGCACCACUUCCUACAUAUGUAUAGUGUAGCGAGACAAAUCUUCUGCGUGAGACUUUGUACAGUUUUCUUUUUUCAUAUAAGUGUUAAAUCUUUUUUGUAAAUGGGUCUUUUAUAAUCUGAUAAUAAACUUACAUAUGUAUAUAUUCUGUGUUAAACUAAGAUGUCAGGAAUUUGUGGUACAAAUCGUUUGACAAAAUCAUCCACAAAUAAAAAUUAAUUCAAUGCAAAAAACAUUACUGAUUGUUUGAGAACCCUGUGUUUACAACAUUAUAAACAUAUAUUUCUAGGAUUAAUAGUAACCAAACUUAAGUCUCUACAAAGUAUUAUUAGUUGCUGUAACUUGAAAGUUAGCAACAUUACAACAAAUAUACUAAUUCAAAUUUAAUCCAUUACUCAUAAAAUUUCUGACAUCUUUAGAGUUAAGAGGAUUUUAGUACUCAAUGUAAAAAUUUUAUAAAAUGUAAAAAUUUAACUGUUGUUAGAAAAUAUUUAUAGAUUAGAACAGUCUGGAUACAAACUGAGGUUUGAGAGGUCGUGUGUUACGAAUGCUCAUAUUUUUACAAUUAAAGUAGUGCAUUCUUUUUACGCAUUAGUUUUAAAUAUUUGAAAUAGUUAAUCCUGCUACAAAUUCCUGUUAAAUCGAAUUAUUUAAUCCCGCGCUCCCUGUCCCGCACUCUCGUCGUAAUGAGUGAUUGAAUCUCAACUUAUCGUGGGUGCGGGUGCGGGGCAGGCUGCUGCAAACGGGUGGAGCUUGGGUGGCCAACUACCGUCACUGUGAUCACUGAUCAGGACAAUGACAAUCUCCCUGCGCGGAGACUGACUGGACUGCCAUGAGUAUUGUAAUAUAGAGGACUGGACUUGCGGUAUUCGACUAGGACCCCUCUUAUGAUUUAGCCAAGUAAUACUAUGUUUAAGAGGUUAGAUCGAUAUAUAUUACCAUUUUGCCUAUUUUCGAUGUUUCUUCCUACGAGGUUCGGUUUGAAAGUCGUAUUGUACACUGUGCUUUGUGAAAUUAAGUGCGGGAUUUAGUGUACCACUAUUUGGUGUAUUUUCUUGCCGUUAUCGUAUCCAUUCCAUUUUGUUUACCUUGUGACGGUUCGCCGCUCGUUCAAAUCGACACAGAGAGCUAAGCUAGUCGGUAGGUAGUAAUUAAGUAGUGGUAACAGUUUCUCCCAGCUCAAAAAAAUAAAACAUAUAAUUAGGAAAUGCGGUUGUGGUAGUUAAUGUAUAUUUUGUUGUGAUUUUCUUUUGUUGUUACUUCUUACUCCUUUCUUUACUCGUCAAAAUAUCGUUACUGUAAGUUUGUCUCUAUUGUAUAUUUGUAUUGUAUAAAUCGCUUUAUCGGACCGCCAUUAGACCCUGUCGGCGGUCCGAUGCCAACUGUAUUAAUUUAUUUUGUUGUUGCCUUAUAGAGUCAAACUCCAUCGCCAGAUCUUAAGUGACAAUUGUAAUCUGUAAUGACGGUGUUUUCGUUUAUGUUAUGUACUUAUACGGUUGUCAUUAGUUGUUGAAACGUCGAUUGUAUAUCAUCGGUUGUACUUUUCUGUUCUGUUCUGUUCGCUCCUCUUUAUUCGAAAGGUUGUAUCAUAAGUUAUGUAUUGUAUAUUGUAUUUCGACUGUAUACUUAUUAACAUAAUUCCAUUUUAGUAGUAUUGUAUAUAAGAAAGCUCAAUAAAAGAUAAGCACAGUGUACAUAGAGGGCUGGGGCCGACGGCGAGUCUGUCGGUCCACAUAUUUAUUUGAAGUGAAGGAAUUGUCGAAAUUGGCUGCGCCUGUCGUGCGUACACCAGGCUCGCGUAUGUGUGUUGUGUGCCUCAACAGAAUAGAUUAUUGUCGAUGAUUUAGUCCGCGGUUUUGUAAACAUUUUGAAUGUAUCUAUAGGUUUUACGAGAAAAGAUUUUUUAAUAAAAUUUGUAUGCUAAUAUUUUAAUGAAAUCUGGAAUGAGAAUGUUUUAUUUAAUGAACGGUGAUACUUUGUAAUGUGCGCUUUAAGUACGAAAGAAUUAUUUACAUUCAAUGUGCUUUUUAAAAUAACGUUACAUCGGUGACUCGAGCUGCAAAAUGCACUCUUAACUAGUCAGGGUUGACAAGAAUUUCCUAAUUCGGGGCUUGCUUUUAGAGUUUGAUUUUAAGAAAUCAAUGUCUGUCAAUAGUUUUAACUGGAGGUUGUAAGUUUUACUUUGAAACAUAUCACAAACAGUUUGAUGGUUUUGAGGUGCAGUAAGCGUAUGUUGUCAAUUAGACCAUAUCACAGCUGGUGUACUUGCUAAUGGGUCCAGAGAGAUCGACCAAACUAAGUAAAAUAUUGAAAAAACAUAAAAAAUAAAACCUAUACUUAUGCAUGCAGCAGAA